CCCCCACCCCCCAGCUCUGAGCUCCCUCCAACUUCACAUGAUCUUCUAGUGUGAUCUCACUCUCACACAGAUUGACUUGCGCCCAGCCCCUGCCUCUCUGCUCUUGCUGUCCCAGCCAAGCCACUCACUCUCACAUUUGCACAUUCUCAUGGCGGCAGCGGCGAACCAAGACAAGCAGCGGCGGCAGCUCAUCCUUGCUCUCUUUCUCCUCGUCUUGGCCUCCCAGAGUUGGCGCUGCUGCUCUGCAGGUUACGGUAGUGGGCAGGAAGCUGAUAGGGUGGUCUUCCUCCCCGGUCAGCCAAGGAGCCCGCAGGUCUCUCAGUUCGCCGGGCAUGUCACCGUGAACAAGCGGAAUGGGAGGGCGCUCUUCUACUGGUUCUUCGAGGCUCAGUCACAGCCCUCGCACAAACCUCUCCUGCUCUGGCUCAAUGGAGGACCAGGCUGCUCAUCAGUUGGAUACGGAGCUGCUUCUGAGCUAGGACCUCUCAGGGUGAGAAGAUUUGCAGCAGGGCUCGAGUUCAACAAGUUUGCAUGGAACAAAGAAGCCAACCUGCUCUUCGUGGAGUCCCCUGUUGGGGUUGGCUUCUCCUACACCAACACAUCCUCUGACCUCACCAACCUCAAUGAUGAUUUUGUAGCUGAGGAUACAUAUAAUUUCCUGAUUAAUUGGUUCAAGAGGUUUCCGCAGUACAAGGACCGGGAAUUCUAUAUCUCAGGAGAGAGCUAUGCAGGUCAUUAUGUGCCACAACUAGCUGACCUUGUCUAUGAGAGGAACAAAGACAAGAAGGCCAGCACAUACAUCAACUUUAAAGGGUUCAUUGUUGGAAAUCCAUUAACUGAUGAUUAUUAUGACUCGAAGGGACUGGCCGAAUAUGCUUGGAGCCAUGCAGUUGUAUCAGAUGAAGUUUAUGAUCAGAUAAAAAAGAAUUGUGAUUUUAGAGCCUCAAACUGGACCGAUGAUUGCAACAAAGCCAUGAACACCAUCUAUGGACAGUACCAGUUGAUCGACAUAUACAACAUUUAUGGGCCCAAGUGCAAUCUUGGACAAACAUCAGCAGCAUCUGUUGUUGACAAAGCACUCAAAUAUAGUGACCAUGAACCUUUCAGGAGGAGGAUUAGGUUGUUCUCAGGAUACGAUGAGUGCUACUCAUCUUAUGCUCAGGAGUACUUCAAUAAGGCAGAUGUGCAAAGGGCACUUCAUGCAAAUGUCAAUGGGAUGUUGCCUGGGAAAUGGCAAGUUUGCAGUGACUCCAUUCUGAAGUCGUACAACUUUUCGGUACUUUCCAUUCUACCAAUAUACUCCAAGCUCAUCAAAGCAGGACUGAGAGUCUGGCUCUACAGUGGAGAUGCGGAUGGCAGGGUCCCAGUGAUCGGGUCACGAUAUUGUGUGGAAGCACUUGGCUUGCCUAUCAAGUCACAGUGGCAACCAUGGUACCUGAACAAACAGGUUGCUGGAAGAUUUGUGGAGUACCAUGGUAUGACCAUGGUGACAAUAAGAGGGGCUGGCCACUUGGUACCCCUCAACAAGCCCACAGAAGGGAUAGCGCUGAUCGACACAUUCCUUCUUGGUAAACAGCUUCCUACACACCGAUGAUGGUUAAAUUUGGGAUCAGGUGAAAUCUACCUAUGACCCAAAAUGAGUUCAAGGAGAGUUUAUGUAGGAAGCAUAACAUAAUGCAUAAUUUCUUCAAACAUGGUAAUGUUCUGAAUUUUGGGGCUGAUCCUUUCCGUGGAUGAAUCUGUCUUAAAAAAAUGUUGAUGUCCCAUUUAGAGGUGCUUGGUAAAUUUUUCAUUGAUCAGCUGGACAUGUAUUGAUCAAAUUGAGCUAGCGUUCAAGAAAUGACAGGUGGCACAUGCUAAUCUUUUUUAA